AUGAUAAUUAAGCAGAGCUUACAUUGUCCAAAGAAUGAUCCUAUUGCAGCUAGUACCAUUUCCAGUUAUGGGAAGUGGAGUGGUGAAAAGUCUGGAAGCUCAAUGAAUAGAGCAUGUUUGGAAGAAGAGGUGUUUUCUCCAGAUCAGAUAGCAUCCUUCUCUAUCACUUUUCUAAGCCAUUUCACGGCUACCCAAUCUGAUUCUUCUAUAUUUGGCUUUCAAGAUUUUGCGGUAAGUUCUAAUGUUUUGUUUCCCCCUACUACUAGUGUGCUAAUAAUUAAUUUUGAUGACUCUGUUUUCAACGAGCAAGCGGGUGGUUUAGGGAUAGUGGUCAGCGAUUAUGAGGGCUCUUUUAUUACUGGGUUUAGUCAGGUUAUGAGAGGACUUUCUAGUGUAUUUCACGUGGAAGCCAUUGCGGCUUUCAAAGCAAUGAAGCUGGCUAUUGAUAUGGGUUAUACUUACAUCAUGUUGGAGGGAGAUUCUAAAGAGAUAAUUGAAGUGUUAAAGGAGAAGAAGCCAAGUUUGGCAGAUAUUGGGAUUUAUACAUGA